AUGAGCAAUUCCAAGGGCGUAGUCCACGGCCAUUUUCACAACUUCAACAACGUGACGUACGUCCACGGCCAUGUACAUCAGCGGAAAUCCUCAGCAAGAGACAGUGAUGACCCCACAACAGAUUCUUUGGCCAAGACCUCGGAGAAAAACGACGGCGGCAGCGGUAGCUCCGAAGUUGUAGACGACCUUCCCCGUGACUCCACUAUGACUACGUCGCUUUCGGAAAAGGAGAAAUCCUCAGACAUGUUGAAGCUCGGUGACCCCGAUAUAUGUUCUCAGUUUGUCGACUGCCAGCAUUUCGAAUUUAUCAAUUUCCACAAUUUAAACCUUUUCGAUGAAAAGAAUGCCGCGAAAUCCGUCGGAGCUGAAACCAGUGCAGACGUCGACUCGGGUCCUUUGAAACGACGCAAACUCCACGACUGUGCAUGCCAGCCCCGACUCGUAGAAGUAUGCUGCGACACCGAACACGAGUCUGGAAUCAUAACGCCUCAAGAUGUCAAAGAGGCGCCCAUUUACGAAAGAAGUCCACAGUCUCCAGUUUCUCAACCUCAAAAAAUUUAUCUGCCGUCCCACGCACAUCUGAAUCACAAUCCACAAGAGGCGCAUGCACUUGGCGCAGGCGCUAUUGCAGGCCUCAUUGGCUGCGAUCUCACUUGUCAACCAGAUGUCUCCGAAAAUGAUCAGAGUUUCCAAGAGUUUUGUGAUCAGUGCAUAAAUCUAAACGCGGAGGACGACGUACCUAGCAGCCAUCCACAUCCGCAUGUGCAUAGCCACAAACAAGUUCAUUCCAAAAGACACGCUCCUGUCAAUAUGAAUUCGGCUUCAGAUACAAGAACUUCCCAGCAUGCCCACUCCAAUGCCGAACAAAACCAUGAACAUGUCGUGGACCCGGCGAUCGAUUUGAGAAUCUUGGAAGAUCUCACUAGCAUAUCGAACAUGUGUCAAUUCCCUUUCAAUAAUCAAUCUUCAUCGCAAGGAUCUGACAACAAUACAAACCAUCAUCAUCACCAUCAUCACCAUCACCACAACCACCCUUGUGGUGUCAAAAGUCUUGGCAAAGUCAAAGAUGAACCCGUCCAAGGUCUAGAUCAGGCUUUUGAUAAAACUGAACACAAAGAUACCCUAGACUCUUACUUUCAAGAACAUCCGUGUUUUCAUCAUCAUCACACAAUUGAACUGCACCCACACUCCACUUUAUCCUCGUUGCAAGCGCCUGCCACUGCCUGUUUUAACACCGAGAGAGACCUUGUUGUUGACAACUGCGAACCCAUCGUCAAUGCAACUGCAAGCGACCAGCAGAAGGCGUCUACAGAAAAGCCUACAGUUGCAGAUCCUCAAAACAUCAUAAGCUUCAAUUGGUAUAUCGAUGGGAGUGGAUCCCCCGUGGAAUGCAAAUGGUCUCAUUGCGAUCAACUAUACACGAACUUGGUCGACCUGCAAUCACACAUUUUGAAAGAUCAUAUCUUGAAUGAUCCUUUACCCACUGCGGUUUUACCCACGCCGCAAGGCCAUUACGAUUGUGAAUGGGAAAAAUGUACCUUUGAAGCAGAGGACACGUUUAGUCUGAUGAAUCACAUUAACGGCGAACAUGGUAUCGGAUUCGACAUGAAAGUUGUAGACAGUAAAGCCCUCAACGAAGAAUCCGAAAAUCAUCAAUUUUUGCAUUCUGGAACGUAUCCGAUCAAAGCUUCUAAGAACUCGCUCAUUUGCAAGUGGGACGGCUGUAUGCGCGAGUUCCCCAAUGAAAAGGAACUCAAUGAUCAUAUAGAAAACAAUCAUGUUCCUCGUGGCCAAUCCUCAUACGUUUGUCUUUGGGAAGGCUGCAACAAGAAAAUCUCACAGCGUCAAAAAUUGCAAAGACACUUGCGGGUUCAUACGAAAUACAAGCCUUUCAAGUGCCAAGUCUGUUCCAAGUGUUUCUCUACGCAGGACAUUUUACAGCAACACAUGCGGACCCACUCAGGUGAAAGACCGUUUAUCUGCAACCACUGCGGCAAAGGGUUCGCCACAUCAAGCUCACUCAGAAUUCAUAUCAGAACUCACACGGGCGAAAAACCUCUUCAAUGUAAAGUAUGUGGAAAACGAUUCAAUGAAAGUUCAAACCUGAGUAAGCAUAUGAAGAUUCACGAACGAACCUUUAAAUGUGAACAUUGUAAGAAAAGCUUUGAUUUUUUGGAACAACUUCAAGCGCAUUGCUCCAAGUGUGCUUCUGGUCAAAAACAUUAG